GGGGCGGCCCCUCGCUGAGGCGGCGUCAAGGUCGGGAGGCUCCGCUAAUCAACCCCCUGCACCAUUCCCGCCCCCGCCGGCGGGGCGGGGCGGGGCGCGGCGCGGCGCCGAGCUGAGAGAGAGGCGGUGCCCGGCGCCCGGUUCCCGCCCCCAGUUCCUCCAGGGGACGCGCAGCGUGGGAGGCCGCGGCCCGGGAAGGAGUCGGGGCUCGGGGCAGCUGCACAGGCGGGAAUGGCGGCCGGGCCGGGCUGAAAGGAGCGGAGCCGCGUCUCGAGGCCGCCAUGAGGCUGCUGCGGGCUCUGCUGAGAGGCGCCUCCCCGGCCGGCCUCCCGCAGCAGGUGGAUUUCUACGCCCGCUUCUCCCCGUCGCCCCUCUCCAUGAAGCAGUUUCUGGACUUCGGAUCUGAAAAUGCUUGUGAAAAGACUUCGUUCAUGUUUUUGAGACAAGAGUUGCCUGUAAGAUUGGCAAACAUAAUGAAGGAAAUAAGUCUGCUUCCAGACAACCUGCUAAAGACACCUUCAGUUCAGCUGGUGCAGAGCUGGUAUGUUCAGAGUCUUCAGGAAAUCCUUGACUUUAAGGACAAAAGUGCAGAAGAUUCAGAAGUUAUUCAUAGGUUUACAGAUACUGUGAUAACAAUCCGGAACCGACACAAUGAUGUAAUUCCUACAAUGGCUCAAGGUGUGAUUGAGUACAAGGAAAGCUUUGGUGUUGAUCCAGUGACCUGUCAGAAUGUGCAGUAUUUUUUAGAUCGUUUCUACAUGAGUCGCAUUUCAAUCAGAAUGCUCCUCAAUCAACACUCUUUGCUGUUUGGUGGAAAAAUUAAAGUUAAUCCAGCUCAUCCAAAACACAUUGGAAGCAUUAAUCCUAACUGCAAUGUUGUUGAAGUUAUUAAAGAUGGCUAUGAAAAUGCUAAGAGACUUUGUGAUUUGUAUUACAUGAGCUCUCCAGAACUUGUGCUUGAAGAGUUGAAUGCAAAAUCAUCAGGACAACCCAUGCAAGUAGUAUAUGUACCAUCCCAUCUCUAUCACAUGGUUUUUGAACUUUUCAAGAAUGCAAUGAGAGCCACAAUGGAACAUUAUACUGAUGGAAGCAUUUACCGUCCAAUUCAAGUACAUGUCACAUUAGGCAAUGAGGAUUUAACUGUGAAGAUAAGCGACCGUGGUGGUGGUGUUCCUAUGAGGAAAAUUGACAGACUGUUCAACUAUAUGUAUUCAACUGCACCACGUCCCCGUGUUGAGACAUCACGAGCAACACCUCUGGCUGGAUUUGGUUAUGGUUUGCCUAUAUCACGUCUGUACGCACAGUACUUCCAAGGAGAUCUGAAACUGUAUUCCUUAGAGGGUUAUGGUACAGAUGCAGUUAUCUACAUAAAGGCUUUAUCAACAGAAUCAAUAGAAAGGCUCCCUGUGUACAACAAAUCAGCUUGGAAACAUUAUGUGGAAAACCAUGAAGCAGAUGACUGGUGUGUGCCAAGCAGUGAACCAAAGGACAUGACCACAUUCCGCAGUAUAUAAUUGUACAACAGUCCAGAAAAGUAAACAUCCUUUUGUUGUCUGUUUGCAAAAGGAUUGUUUAGCAGGUUUACACCAAACAUGGUUCACACCAAACAUGGUUCAAAUACUUUGUGGUAAUAACAGGAAGUUGAAGUCCAUAACUGUUUUCCAAUACGACUAAGGCAUUAACUGAAUUAAAACAAAAUAUGUAGAUUAAGAAAUACAAAGUGGAACAAAUUAUGGGUGUAUUUCCAAUUUACUUCUGUAGCUAGAUCUCGGGGGCAGUAAUUUUAGAUUUUAUAGAGGGUCUAGGGUAACUUAUUUCACACAACUUAAACUCUCCUAAUGGAAGCAUUAUUGAAAUAGCAGCUAGCCAGAACUGCUAAUACCAGUUCUUUUGUUUCAUAUAUCAAUGUUUAGAUCAUUUUGAGAACUUCAUCCAAUGCUCAAUACAAAGUAGUUACUUAAAGCAUUAAGGUUUAUAAAACCCAUUAUGCAACCUUUCACAUUUUCCACCAUCUUCUAGCCACUUUAUAAACCUGAAUAAAUUUAGCAAAAUUAGAAACGGAUACCUGAAUUUAAGUACAGAAGCUCCAAUAGGCAAUCAUGUAUUGUUUUACUUUGUUCUGAAAUCAGUGAAUCUGUACAUACUACUAGUAGUAGAUGCAUUCAGAGGGGCAAGGCAACAGCUGUACACUAAAUUAUUCUCAAGUUGUACUUGUAUUUGCCUAUACUUUUUAUCAGCUCUGGAAAUAAUUUAUUUUACCAAAUGAAGCUUUCUUUUUGAAAAUCCAAUCUUAACUGCUGCCUCUGGUAUAAUGCAUUGCAGGUAUAAAAUACCAGUUAUGGGUCUUCUGAGAACUGUACUGAAAAUUCAUGAGAAACAGAAGUUGGCAUACUUACACUUACUGUGAAAUAGCAGCUUCUGAGGGUUUACAGUAAAGAUUUGCAGGUCUUCCUCUCUCUUUCUGCAGGUAAUGUCCAAAUACCACUUGUGGGUAGUCAGUGGCUUUGACACUCUGGUAAAGCCUUGAACUCUGGGAUCAUAUAUUAGGUGUCAGCAGUAACUACUCUUUAAAGAUGCAGAUUUUCAAUAGAGUUUCUGCAUAUUUACUGAGCAGAUCAGUAAUAGUAGGACACCAGGACCUACCAGUUAAGCAGGUGUAUUUAAAGAGUGCAAUUAAUGUCAAAAAUCAACUUUAUUUUGCUAUGCUCCUUUUUACUAUAACAGCCCUCUCUAGCGAGGGAUGCAACAGUGUUGAUAGCCGGUGUGGCCAGCAGCAUAGUUGAAGCUAUUUAAGCCCAUAACACAAUGCCAGGUCAUGCAUGUACAUUCCACUUAAUUCUCAUAUUCCCAAAACUUAGAUGGCUGCAAAGAACCCCUACAGUCCCAGCACCUAACUCAACUCAGAUGACCAAUCCUUAACUGCUCUGUAGAUGAGGGUGAAAGAUGUGCAUGUUCCAGAAAGCACACACUGUUUCAGCAGUCUACCAGGUCAAAAUAGAGCAGGGGAUGGUAUAAAGGUCUGCCUGAUCACAACCCUAUGAUUUCUUGUUAUUGAAUAGAUAAGGAAAGAAGCUAGAAUGGUAAGUAUGCUAUAGUCCUAUUUUAUGAGGGAUGACUUCAGAUGUAUUCCUCAUCUGUAAAUUGAGGAUAGAUAGGUGUUGUGAGGGUAAGUUUUGUUUGCAUGGCAUAUCACCAUUGUAUACAAGUGCCUAAAUGGCAAUACAAUGUAAUCAAAUUAAUGCCCCAGUCCUGCAAGUGAAUCCAGGCAGGAAAGGGUUUGCAGCAUGGGGUCAUAAUUUAUAUAAGGAGGGGAGUGUUUGCUAAAUGUUUAACUGUCACUCUUGACAGCCUAAUACUAAAAGUAAUAGAAUUGGUUUUUAAAAUAAAGUUUCAAAACUUGUUUAAACAUGUUAGAACUUUGUUUGAAAUAUUUAAACCAUACUUCCACUUGAGAAUUAAAUUGAACUGAUUUUUAGUAAUGUCUAAGAACAAAUAUGGAAAAUCAUUUUAAUGGACUAUAACAGUCUGCCUGCAAUGAAAAUCUAUCCAAUAAAUAGAGUUUUUAUGUGGAAUUACUGAAGUAGAAACCUUUGCUACCUCUGACUUAACAUAGAUUUUGAUUAUUAGAGGAAAAAAAAAAGUCAGUGCCCCUAGCAAACUAUUCCAAUGUAGAUAUUUCAGUAGUUUUUUCCUCCUCUGCUGGCUGGGGUGGAAAUUAACUGUUUAGUACAUUUCAGAGUGUGCAGUAUUUACUCCUAGCAAGAGUAAAGAGAGUUGACUUGCUAUGUUUGAUUUACUUCACCACAGUAGCUGCUUCCAAAGAUUGAUUUUAUAUAUACACAUCUUCAUUACUGUACUGAAAAAUAUUGCUAGUUGGCUGAGUAUCAAAAGAAAAACUGGUUGCAGAUAUAGUGAAAUGGAUAGUUAUACUCUCGAAACACUGGGAUUAAACCCUAUAUUUAUAUUUAGAAUUUUUGGUUUGUGUGUUAAUGAAAAUUUUUAUUCUUAUCAUAUUGAAGCAAUAAAUGUGUCCAUUAAUGCAAUUUAUAAAAA